UUUAGCCAAAUGAGUCAGAAAAUGCAACAGAGAACAAUGAUCUAUUUGGAAGAGUUAAACGAAUAAAACUAUAGUAAUUUAAAAAAAUUACACUAAUUAACAUUGAAUAAACGAAAAAUGCACCUGUCCAGCAAAUAAUAAUAAUAAUAUGAUGGCAGAAGGUCAAUGAAUAGAAGUAGAGUGAAUGUAAGGAGAGCGCAUAGCGUACGUUAUAUAUGUGCUAUCCAAUUUGGACCGAAGAAAGAUCAAAAUUGGACUUAAAAGUCAUCAUUUAGGUUCAGAACUAACUCGAAUGGAUAUGUAUGAUUAAUUAGAAAAGGAAAUGAUUGACUAUAGAGGUUCUUUGACUUUUCUGUAAGAAUACAACAAUAACUGGACAUUGGCCUACUCCAAGAAUGAGUUACUAUUGGGCUUUUAUUGUCCAGUUUUUUUUAUUGUAGGCAAACUAUUCCUCUUCAACUUGUUUGUUUAUAGCAACUGAACAUGUUUCUCUCUCAGCUAUUCAUUCUCUUAUUGUGUAUUCAAACAAUCAUCAUAUCUGUUGCCACUAACAUUCAUGAAGAAAACAUUGCCAUAUCAUGUGGUGCCUCUGGCAAUUCCCCUGCACCAGAUGGACGAUUAUGGAUUGGAGAUUCAACUUUCACUUCCUCAUUUCUACACUUAACUGGAAAAUCUAUUAAUUCAAGAGUACCUUGCCAAGUUGCCUUGUUGGAUCCAGUUCCUUAUAAGUCUGCUCGAACGUCUCGCCAUCAGUUUACCUACAAAUUUUCAGUGAAACCAGGACACAAGUUCUUACGCCUGCACUUCAAACCAGCUUCAUACAAAGGUUUCAUCAAGUCCAAACCCAUUUUUACUGUCAAAACUGAUCAGCAUACCCUGCUCAGUGACUUCAUACCUACCCUUGCUGCAGGCAUCAACUAUUUCAAAAAGGAAUUUUGCAUCAAUGUAAAAGAAAGUGAAACAUUAAGCAUAACAUUCAUACCAUCUCGAAAAUCAGGCUUUUCAGAAGACACUUAUGCUUUUGUUAAUGCAAUCGAGAUUGUUUCCAUACCGUCUGGUCUGUAUUUCACACCAGAUGGCGAUCAGGGAGUCCCUGUUGUUGGACGAAAUUUCAGAUUCUACAUUGACAAUAGCACAGCACUGGAGACAAUUCAGCGAAUAAAUGUUGGCGGAAACUCUAUUUCAUCCUUGGAAGAUGCAACCAUGUUUCGGGACUGGGAAGAUGACACUAAUUACCUGAUUCAAGUUGGUGCCUUUUCGAUCAACAGAGCCGUUGAUAUCAGAUAUGCAUCCUCAGCAACUCACAUUGCACCAAAAGAAGUUUACCAAACGGCCAGGUCAAUGGGUGCUCACUGCCAUUCGAAUUUCUGUAAUCUCACAUGGAACAUUCCACUUGAUUUGGGAUUCAGAUACCUUGUUAGGCUUCACUUUUGUGAAAUUGAACCUACAAUGAUAAAUGAAGGCCAAAGGAAUUUCACUAUUGUCAUAAACAAUCAGAAUGCUGAAGAUGAUGCUGAUGUGAUCAAAUGGAGUGGGGGGCAUGGAAUUUCUGUAUACAGGGACUAUGUUGCCAUUAUGGAGGGUGAUAGAAGGGAAGGGAAGCGUAACCUUACUAUAGUUUUGCAGCCAAACUUUGCUUCAAUCGGUAAACAUGCUAAUGCCAUCUUAAAUGGGCUAGAAGUCUUCAAGAUAAGCAACCCUGACAACAAUCUUGGUAGUGUGAGCCCAGUGCAUCCUGUUACAAGUUCAACACCAGAAAAAUCAGAGGAAACUGUGCUGUUCUAUACAAAGAAUCAAAUUGCAACUGCACUGACAUUUAUAGUCACUUUGAUUAACGUUGCUGUUUAUUACAUUAGGCAUAAUGCAGAAAUAAAGUCUGGCAAGACGUAUAAUGGAAUAUCUUCAGGAGAGCAUCAGUGUCGUCAAUUUUCACUGGAUGAGAUGGAAAGAUCAACGAACAAUUUUGAUCCUCAGCUUGUCAUUGGUAGCGGUGGAUAUGGUACAGUAUACAAAGGGGAUAUUGAUGGUGGAGAGACCACUGUAGCAGUUAAGCGAUCGAAACCAGGAUCUAGCCAGGGGGAGAAAGAGUUUUGGACGGAAAUCAAUAUGUUAUCUACGCACCGCCAUGAGAACCUUCUCUCCCUCAUUGGUUACUGCAUUGAAGGUCAUGAGAUGUUAUUAGUUUAUGAUUAUAUGCCUCGAGGAUCACUUGCUGACAACCUGUACAAAAUGGACAGAAAUAGCUCAUCUCUCUCUUGGGAACGGAGACUCAAGAUUGCUAUAGGUGCUGCACGUGGACUGGAUUUCCUUCAUACAUCUCAAAAUAGGGUGAUACAUCGUGAUAUCAAAAGCUCAAACAUUCUAUUGGAUGAAAACUGGGAAAGUAAGAUCUCAGAUUUUGGGUUGUCCAAAAUGGGGCCUGGAAAUGAAUCAGCUACUCAUGUUAGUACACAAGUCAAAGGCACAUUUGGGUACCUCGAUCCUGAGUACUUCCUGACUAAUAGAUUGACAUGGAAAACUGAUGUAUAUGCUUUUGGAGUAGUACUAUUUGAAUUGCUCUCAGGAAGACCUGCAGUCGAUAUGAGCCUGCCUGAGGAACAACAUGGACUUGUAGCAUGGGCCAAACAAUGCAUCAAGGAAGGAGAAAUUAAUAAGCUUAUUGAUCAGAAUCUGUUGGGGUCCAUCUCAUCAACUUGUCUAAAGGCGUUUAUAGGAAUUUCUGCUAAAUGCUUCGAUGGUCGUCCGCAAGAACGGCCUGCGAUGUCUGAAGUGGUGAAAAGCCUGGAAUUAGCAUUAGUAUUUCAGAAGAACGAAGGUGAAGGUAUCAUUUCAUUUGAGGACACAUCAACGUCAUCUCAGUUACAGAUUGAAGGAGAGAGGGCAUCCAUUAAAGAGGAUUGUAAUGGCGGUGAUACAACAGAAAGGAGUGCCAUCUCAAGGGAAAAGGUAAAAUCUGAGGAUAAAAGUCCCUACACUGCUUCACCAAGAUGGUGGGAUGUUCGUAGCCAUUUCAGAAAAGCACCACCAAAGCCAGUGAAUCUUGUUUAUCCAGAUAGCCAAAUAUCACAGCACCCAAAUUUAAGGAUAUUUUCUUUCUCUGAACUCAAGGCCGCCACCAGAAAAUUUAGCAAUGACACGGUGCUGGGAGAAGGUGGUUUUGGUAAAGUUUACAAGGGUUACCUUGCUGAGUCUCUUUCUUCCAAGAGUGGCCGGACAGUAAUUGCGGUUAAGCAAUUGAGUUCUGAAAGCUUUCAAGGGUGGCAGUCUGAGGUGAGCAUUCUUGGAAGACUUUCUCAUCCUAACCUCAUCAAACUCUUGGGUUACUGCCAGGAAGAUAAAGAACUACUGCUUGUCUAUGAGUUUAUGCCAAAGGGCAGCUUGAACAACCAUCUUUUUGGAAGGCGCUCUGUUGCUUUGUCACUUCCAUGGAAUGUAAGGGUUCAAAUUAUGAUUGGCGCAGCUCGAGGCUUGGCAUUCCUACAUGCAUCAGAAAAGCAAGUCAUUUACAGAGACUUCAAAGCCUCAAAUUUAUUACUUGAUGGCUCUUACAAUGCGAAGAUAGCAGAUUUUGGCUUGGCAAAACAAGGUAUUUCGGCUAGUCAAUCACAUGUGACAACACAGGUACUUGGAACGUACGGUUAUGCUGCUCCCGAGUAUAUUGCAACAGGACACUUGUACGUGAAGAGCGAUGUCUAUGCUUUUGGUGUCUUUUUAGUGGAAAUGCUAACAGGUUUACGAGUAAUAGACUUAAACCGCCCAAGCAACCAGCAUAAUCUAAUUGACUGGAUUAAGCCUCAUUUAUCUGACAAAAGGAAGUUGAAGGACAGAAUCGAUUCACGGCUGGGAGGAAAAUAUCCAUCCAGAGCUGCAGUACAAAUAGCACAACUGGCACUAUCAUGUCUUGGAAAUGAACCUAAAAGCAGACCAUCGAUGAAGGAAAUAGUGGAGAAACUAGAACAGAUUGAAGUUACCAAUGAAAGAUCCAAGGACCAUGCUUCUCCUUCUAAUCCAAGGAACCGGGCCUAUCCACUCCUUAGAAGAGCAGAGUGAAUAUGAUACUACUUUUAACAAUAUGAAGAAGCUACAAUAUUGUUAAAAUUUUCAACUGUGAGUACUGUCACUUUAGGCGAGAUCGUGCCAGUUGGACGAUCCGCCCUUUUGGUUAGGCGAUCAACAGUGUGGGUGGAGUUUACAGUUCAUUC